AUAGAAUAUAAGCGAGAUAUUGCGUAUUUCGUGAGGUCAUUCGCCAAUAUUCCUCCAUCGAGGAAACACUACAUCCAAAUAUGAGAUUGGUGCCGCUACUAUUAUGGUGCAUAGCGUCGGUAGUAUUCGCAGCACCUGUUACAAACAAACCUUAUAAUCCAGACAAUGUGCAACUGGUGAAGUAUGAAAACGAAAUCUUCGAGGAUGGAAAAUAUAGAUACGGAUUUGAGCUGUCUGACGGAACGAAGCAGAAGCAAAAAGGGGGAUUACAGAAUCUUGACAACAAGGUGCCGCUACUACUAUGGUGCAUAGCGUCGGUAGUAUUCGCAGCACCUGUUACAAACAAACCUUAUAAUGCCGACAAUGUGCAACUGGUGAAGUAUGAAAACAAAAUCUUCGAGAAUGUAAAAUACAAAUACGGAUUUGAGCUGUCUGACGGAACGAAGCAGCAUCAAAGAGGGGGAUUACAGAAUCUUGGCAACAAGGUGAUUUAUAGAGUAUCAGGCACAUUCUCGUGGGUGGCACCAGACGGAGUAGAAUACGAGGUGGCCUACUACGCUGAUGACACUGGUUACCAUAUUAUAUCACCCAACGUUGGACUAGAUAGAGCAAUUGGUGCACCUUAUGAUAUCGUGGCUUCUUCUUUAGGUUAAAAAUAGCUAAACCAUUGUUGCAACCUAACCAAUAGAUUUUUUCUACACAA